AUGGCUGGCCCUGUUGAGUCUAAAUUUAGCCCCAAGGACAUGGAGUUCCGUAACUUGGGGCCGAGUGGGUUGAAGGUUUCUGUGUUGUCGCUUGGCGGCUGGUUGACCUACGGCGGCACGCAAAAGGGCAGCAUUGUGAAGGACUGCAUGCAAGCAGCCUGGGACCAUGGUAUCAACUUCUUUGAUACCGCUGAGACUUAUGCCAAUGGCCAGUCUGAGAUCGAGAUGGGUCAGGCGUUGAAGGAGCUGGCGUGGCCAAGGGACGAGUAUGUGCUGAGCACGAAGAUCUUCUUUGGAACUGGCCGUAAAGAGCCAAACACCAGGGGGCUCAGCAAGAAGCACGUUGUCGAAGGCCUAAAGAGCUCGCUGGCUAGGCUACAGCAGCCAUACGUGGAUAUUGUCCUUGCCCACCGAAUCGAUGUUGCCACCCCGAUGAAGGAGAUCGUGGAAGGCUUCACCCAAGUCAUCCGCAACCUCAACCUCGCCUACUACUGGGGCACCUCAGAAUGGAGCGCCGCCCAAAUCAUGGAAGCCACCCAAAUCGCCGAGAAAUACAACCUCAUCGCCCCAAUCGCCGAGCAACCCCAAUACAACGCCUUCCACCGCCAGCGCUUCGAAGUCGAGUACGCCCCCCUCUACGAGAAAUUCCAAUACGGCACCACCAUCUGGUCACCCCUCGCGUCCGGCCUCCUGACCGGUAAAUACAACGACGGCGUCCCCGAAGACUCUCGCUUCGCCACAAACUCAGCCGUCUUUAGCGACUCCGUCAAGCAACUGCAGACCGAAGAGGGCAAAGCCAAGAUCGAGAAGGUCAAGAAGCUGACCACCAUCGCGGAGAAGCUCGGCGGCAACGCUUCGCAACUAGCGUUGGCGUGGUGCGCGAAGAACCCGAACGUCUCCACCGUCAUCCUCGGCGCUACGAAGGUCGAGCAGAUCGUAGACAACUGCAAAGCGCUCACCCUGCUACCAAAGCUCACGCCAGAGCUGAUGGAGGAGAUCGAAAAGAUUCUGGACAACAAGCCCGCGCCGACUCCUUCAUACGGGCGGUCGAGGUAA